CAGGGGCGGCAUCUCGUGGCAAGACCUCCGCACUCAGCGUCUCGUCCAACUCCGCAGCGGGCUUGAUGCCAGCCAGGACAUCAGGAACCGCCACAAGCUCCUCGGUCGUCUGUGGCAGUCCUUCCUCACGCACAGGAAGGAGCAGGGGAUCUGGAAGGCCGAGUUCCGCUUCGGCUGCAGCGGCCAGCGCGGCCUCUUGUUCCUGCUCUUCGGCGCCGAUGAUGUCGAAGUCCUGGCCACCCUCAUCGAGCGCGGCGACGACUCCUACGCGUUCGAGAUGAAGCACGGCAGCCUCGCCCCGUUCGGGGUCGACCGUAGCGCGACCGACGAGAUCGCUGCAGCAUCUCUGCCAUAG